CUAGUAUAGCCUGUAGGAUAUAGGAUCAGCUUCAUUUCUACUGAAUUUGGAAUGUCGCGUUGCUGCCACCAUAGCCUACAGUCACAUCUCACCUGGACCCUUUGGGCGAAAACACCGGAGUUGAUCCGUGUCGUUGUUUUGUCUAGACGCAUAAGUAGCGGGAGGGAGUUGGCUAUAUAAAGGGCUCUUCGUCCUCGUCUUUCUUCUCUCACAAGCUCCAUCAAGCCCAUCAAGCCUAUUCUUAUAUAUCAAACGAACCACAGAAACAGUCUCCCUCAAGAUGCAGAUUUCCUACUUUGCCAUCUUCGCCAUCGUGGGGCUUGCAGCAGCAGCUCCUUCGCAAAGCAAGAUUGAGAAGAGAGAUGAGCAUUACGACGUCGGGGUGUGCAAUGGCACUUCAUGCUAUGCCAACUUUGUUAACACCAUAUGUGCGAUUGGAUCUUGUGUUGGUCCAGGCGGCGGUGAUGGUGCACCAUGCCAUGUUAUGAAGGGUUGGGGCCCGGCAUAUUGCCCUGUGAACUGUAACAAGUAUUACUGUCCUUAAGCCUUCUGGGUUACUCACAGGAGCCAUGCAAAAGAGGACUCUUCCUGAUAGUUAUCAAAUACAAUCGAUUCCAGAAAU